UUGUCUACCCCGUCGGGCUGAGGCGAGCGUGGCUGUUGCGGUGCCUGGUUAGGCCCUGAGGCUGGCGCGCGCCAGCCACCAAGGACCUGCAGGAAGUGGGAGAGACAGUCAGACGCUGGCCCUCGCGCGGCGCUCGGCAGUCGGCCGCGCGCGAGCAUGGUGGUGCAUGCGUGUGUGCGCGCGUGAAUGCGCGCGCGCGUGCGUGGAGCCGGGGAGCGCGCCGGCCGUUCCCGCGCGGUGCCGGUCCCCGGUGGUCACGCGCUCCCCGGCCUCGCGUCCCGCCCGCCGCGGCAGCGGGGCCGGGGCCUGGGACAGGUGCAGGCGCGCGCAGGCGCGCGAGACAAAGACCGGGGCGGACGGCAUGGCGUCCCGCGGCCUGGGGGGUCUGGGCGGGGGCCGCGGCGGUAGCGGCGGCGGCGGCGGCAGCGGCAGGAAGAACCUGAGCGCGCGCAACGCGGCGGUGGAGCGCAGGAACCUCCUCACCGUGUGCAGGUUUUCUGUGAAGACCCUGAUUGAUCGGUCUUGCUUUGAGACAAUUGAUGAUUCUUCUCCAGAAUUUAACAACUUUGCAGCUAUUUUGGAACAGAUUCUAAGCCACCGGCUAAAAGGUCAAGUAACCUGGUUUGGUUAUGAAAGUCCUCGUAGCUUCUGGGACUAUAUCAAAGUGGCUUGCCGGAAAGUUUCACAGAAUUGUAUCUGCAGCAUUGAAAAUAUGGAAAAUGUCAGUUCCUCUAGAGCUAAGGGUAGAGCCUGGAUCAGAGUGGCACUCAUGGAGAAACACUUAUCUGAAUACAUUUCUACAGCUCUGAGAGACUUCAAAACAACCAGGAGGUUUUACGAUGACGGAGCAAUUGUCUUGGGUGAGGAAGCAAAUAUGCUAGCUGGCAUGCUGCUUGGGCUCAAUGCUAUUGAUUUCAGCUUCUGUCUAAAGGGAGAAGGUUUGGAUGGCAGCUUUCCGGCUGUAAUAGACUAUACUCCAUAUCUGAAGUUUACACAAAGUUCUGAUAGUAUCAGCAGUGAUGAGGAGGAGCUCAGGACCUUAGGCAGCAGUGGCAGUGAAAGCAGCACCCCAGAGAAUGUGGGGCCCCCCUUCAUCAUGGAUGACAACAGCUGGUUCAACAAGUGUAAGAGAGUGAGACAGAAGUACCAGCUCACCCUUGAACAGAAGGGUUAUCUUGAAGAACUCUUGCGACUUCGAGAGAACCAACUGUCUGAAUCUGUCUCCCAGAAUAAAAUACUACUUCAGAGGAUUGAAGAUUCUGAUCUUGCCCAUAAAUUAGAGAAGGAGCAAUUAGAAUAUAUCAUUGUGGAACUUCAAGAUCAACUGACUGUGUUAAAGAAUAAUGAUUUAAGAUCACGACAAGAGUUAACUGCCCACCUCACCAACCAGUGGCCUUCCCCAGGAGCUCUGGAUGCCAGUGCUGUUGCCUUGGAUACGUUGCUUUUCCGAAAACACAAUAAACAGUGGUAUGAGAAAAAUUACCAAAAUCUUGACCAGUUUUCAGCCGAAGGUAGCCUUUCGCAGACUUCGCUGGACCCAGGCCAGUCACAAGACGGAGAUGGCAAACAGGACACAUUAAAUUCAAUCAGCGAAGGUAAAGAAGAUACCCCUUCAUUACUCGGUCUCUGUGGGUCUCUAACAUCAGUGGCAAGUUAUAAAUCUCUAACGAGCCUAAAAUCAAAUGACUGUCUUCCAAGUCCUACAACAGAGAUAGCAAGUCCAAGCCCAACUCCAUCCUGAAAAACUUACAGAAAAGCCGGAAGUGUCCAUACUGUACAUGUUCAGUUUACACAAGCUUGACUUCAGGGCAGACCUUUGGAAUUGUAUACAGUGUCGUUCUGGUACAUGUCUGGAAUUGUAUUGCUUAGGGAAUUUCGUGCUCCACGUAAACUUGUAAGGGAAGAAUGUAGUAGUCUUGCCAUUUUUCAUUUUUAAAAACUUGUAUUUGUCAUUGACAAGGUAUUAAAUUCAAUAGGCUUUUCAAGACUUUCAGAGAUUCUCCAAAUUAAAAAGUUCACUGCAAAUUAUACAUUAUUAUUCAACUGACUUUUAUGUAUGUUUAUUCAAGAGACUUGCGCUGUUCCCUUUCCCUCCUUUAUUAGAUGAUUAAAUGUUCCAAAAGAAGGCAACUAAUUAAUUUUACUUCUAUUUAUUUUCUAAACUUGUGCCGUACUUUGGUAACAGGAAGGGCUCUUAGCUGGGACUCCACGGGGGCCUUUGCAGCUUUCCGGGAGCCCACAGCCUUGGCCACUGAGCUGCAUUUCCCGUCACUAGGCUGUUUGUUAGUUCUCAUGUUUGGUACCAACUCAACAUUCCAUUUCACAUUUUAUAAAUUUUGUAGGAUGUGCCUUUUUAGGCAGUCACUAACUUAUUUGUAAAGGUGAUAGGGAAAGUAUUUUGUAUACACGUCUUUGUUUUCUCAAGAUUUUCUUUAAAGAUUAUCAAUUUUAAAAUGUGAUUGAGUAUGCCUGGAAAGUUGACAUUUCCAAAUACAGAAUAAAGAAUGUUGAGAAGUUACAUCAGAAACAUUUCAAGUUCAAUGAAGAAUUUGAAAAGCUUCUGAACAAACAUGUCCAGGGUAACCACUAUACCUACCAAUAAACAUCUGUCUGCUAAACUGUGCUGUUUUUUUCCUGUGCAACAGUGGUGAAUCGUAACAUGUAUGUUUCACAGCCUCUAUCACUAUGCCAUGUCAUUUUAAAACUGAUGUUAAUGUUUGAAAAUCCUUACAUUUCUGGAGGUGGUUUUUUUAAUAAUCCAUAUUGUAAAUCUGUUUGCAAUUUUUGAAAGUUAUAUUUGUCCCAAAAACUCCCACCAUAUCGAAAAUGAAAAUAAAUGAAAUAUAUUUUCUAUAGUAAGUAAUAUGAAGAGAAUAUGGUUAAUUGUGCCAAAGAAAUUUUAUAUAUUGUUUAUAUGAGGAGGCCACAAUACUUAUUGGGAAUUUCAUAUGGUAUUUUUAUUUAAUAAAAUACUACAUUCAAAUAUAGUAGCUUUGACACAUGAAGAAUGCUCCAUCUAAUACAAUUUUUUGUGAGAGCUGAAUUUACCACAUUCAUUCUUUAUUUUAGAAAUGUAAGACUGUGAUGGUUCUCUGUAGUAGUUAGAGCUUAGUCUCAUAAUCCAGAAUAUAAAAUUCUAAGGUCAGUUUUACAUGUGAGACAGUCCACCAAACAGUGUCAUUUCAGGAUCAAAGGAGGACUGGAAGCCCUUGAGUUAUCUUAGAUAUGCCAGAGCAUUCUCAGAGCUUUAUUCUUUUAGUUUAACUCUUGUAGAAAUGUAAAUAUUCCUGAGAAAUGGCAUCUGUCCCUUUAAUCUACUCUCAAUUCUGUAUACUAUAUAAAGAAUGACAAAUCCAAAGCAGUUUUUAAUCUGCAUGGGAGGUGGAAGAAAGGCAUCAAAUGAAGAACUCUGGGAGGGCAGAGUGCAGAAAUGGAUGAGGGGAAGUUGGGGAAUUUUAGGCUGACUUUGAGUACAAUUGCUGCUUGCCUAAAAAGUGUCAGGAUGUUGAAAUGAUUUAUCUGUGAUCCAUACUCAGCUGACAUUUAUGUCCUUUAGUAACUAAACAAAACUGUCAAAUGUCUCCACACAUUUUUAUAAAUGUAUAAGGAAAUUCAAGAUUACUAAUUGGUAGUUUUUCAGAUUUAUCUAAUGAAAACUAAUUUGUGCACCUUAAUGUGCUGAUAAAUGCAGAUUUAAACAUGACAUCUGAGGAUCAUAAUUCUUCCUCCUUUCUUGGAGAUCUCACUAUAAAAUUCAUUUGCUAUUGUGAAAUCAGAUUUCUACACGAUGUAUUUCACACUGUUUAUAAGUAGUUUGUAAAUGUUGCAUGAAGAAACAAUGUAUGUCUCAAACUUUGAUUUUAGAUUAGUGGUUUUUUUUAUUACCUCCCAAAAGAACACUGAAAAUGUCGGUAUUUCCAUUUGUAUUUUGUUGCUUUGAUGUACUAUACUUGUUGCAUGUAUAUUAAAGAUUUUGUACCAUGAAGAAAUGACCUUUUUUCCUAACCAAGUUACCUGAUUGAAAUUGUACACUGAAUUUUUGUUUAAACUGUGGUAAAUGUUCACAUUUCUAAUAUACUAAUAUAUACUAUAUUUAGAUAAAUCCUUAUUUCAACUUGAAUACUAUUCUUUAUAAAUUCAUUAAUGUGUAACAUAACAUUCCAGUCAGUGAUAGCCAACAUAUAUGACAGUGGUCUCACAAGAUUACAAUGGAGUUGAAAAAUUCCUAUCACAAGUGACACUGCAGCUUUUGUAUUGUGGCUGACACAAGAAAAGUUCUGAGAUGCAUUUUAUUUCAAAGAUGAAAAGGAGGAAAAAGAGGAAGAAGAAAAGAAAGGGAAAGAAGGAGGAGAAAAAAAAAGUUCUGAGAUGACCUAAAUUUAAUUACAAGGGUAGAGAUAGAAGAAAAGGUAGCAGAAGGCAGUCUGUUAACAGCUUGCAGGUAAAACCCAAGACAAGACUGUUCACAUUUCUGAAAGUAGGUCGAAACUUUGACUUAAAUCCCAUCACUUCCCACCACAAGGCCACUAUCACCUGUGUAAGCAUAAACUUAACCCCAGCCAAUCCAGAGUGGUACUUCCCUGUUACUACCACCCUACUCUCAGCCUUCCCCUACUCCAGCGUUGUAUGCUGUCCCCCACCCAUCUGUAGCCAAUGUGGAUUUCAUUUAUCCUUUCAUUCCUCAAAGGUUUGUUGUAAAACAUUUAGCUCCAGACUAAUGAACAUUUUUCCAACUAUCAGUCUUGUUGCUGGGAGUUGUGGAAACUUGUCCCAAGACCUGGUCCUUUUUCUGGCUAGCAUCUGUAAGAGAUUAAUAAACUCUUUUCUUCCAAAGAA